AGAAGGGCGUCUGGGGACGCGGAACAGCACAAGGACCGCCGAGAGCAGCGGAAACAAAGGGCAGCGAGAGGAGGAGAAGGCAGCUCUUGCAGGCACACCGCGCCUCGGGAGGGUGGGGGAGGCACAGCCGAGAUGAAAAUGAAGCAGAGAGACCAGAGGAAGAAAAAGCUAGUGCUCCACCUCCACCUGGAAAUGAAGAGGAAGCUGCAGAAAAUGGCGUUGUGAAAACGGUGACAGAGGCUGAGGAUGACAGUGAUAGUGAUAGUGAUGAUGAUGAAGAUGAUGUUCAAGUCACCAUAGGGGAUAUUAAAACAGGAGCUCCACAGUAUGGUUAUGGAGCAGCACCUGUGAAUCUCAAUAUUAAGACAGGAGGGCGAGCUUAUGGAUCUUCUGGUGCAAAAGUAAAAGGUGUGGAUCUGGAUGCACCAGGGAGUAUUAAUGGUGUGCCUCUUCUGGAAGUAGAUUUAGAUUCUUUUGAAGAUAAACCUUGGAGAAAGCCAGGGGCUGAUCUCUCCGAUUAUUUCAACUAUGGGUUCAAUGAAGAUACCUGGAAAGCUUACUGUGAAAAACAAAAGAGAAUACGAAUGGGUCUUGAAAUUUUACCAGUUACCUCAACAACAAAUAAAAUUACGGCUGAAGACAAUGCUAUGGAAGUAAGACCAAGUGCAGAGAUUCUCGAUGGCAGAUACCAUCUUUUUAAGGUACAGCAGGGCAGAACUGGAAAUUUGGAGAAAGAGUUGGCAGUGCAGUCGACCAAAGCUGAUUUCACAUCUCCUCCUGCCUUAUUCAAAUCAGGAAUUCCAACAAACAGGCGGAUAUCUGGCACAAUAGAUGUGAUUGGACAGACCAUUACUAUCAGCAGGGUGGAAGGACGACGGCGUGCCAAUGAAAACAGCAACAUACAGGUUCUUUCAGAACGAUCUAAUCCUGAAGUAGACAAUUUUACCAAGCCACCUCCAUUUUUCCCUCCAGGAGCUCCACCUACCCACCUUCCACCACCUCCUUUCCUCCCACCCCCUCCAACUGUCAGUACUGCUCCACCUCUGAUUCCCCCACCAGGUAUACCAAUAACAGUGCCACCACCAGGCUUUCCACCACCACCUGGCGGUCCUCCACCUUCCCUCAUACCCACAAUAGAAAGUGGACAUUCUUCUGGCUAUGAUGGUCGUUCUGUUCGUGCAUUUUCAUAUGGCAGUGUCACCUUUCCGCACCUUGCAGGUUCUGCUCCUUCAUGGUCUAGUCUUAUGGACACCAGCAAACAGUGGGAUUAUUAUGCACGAAGAGAGAAAGAGAGAGAACGUGAGAGAGAGCGAUCCCGAGAUCGGGAUCGGGACCGGGACCGAGACAGAGAUCGAGAACGUACCAGAGACAGGGAAAGGGACCGAGAUCACAGUCCAACUCCAAGUGUGUUCAACAGUGACGAAGAACGAUAUAGAUACAGAGACUAUGCAGAAAGAAGCUAUGACCGCCAUAGAACAAGUAGAGAGAAAGAAGACCGACACAGGGACAGGAGACACAGAGAGAAAGAAGAGACUAGACACAAGUCAUCUCGAAGUAACAGCAGACGUCGUCAUGACAGUGAAGAAGGGGACAGCCACAGAAGGCACAAACACAAAAAAUCCAAAAGAAGCAAAGAAGGAAAAGAAGCCAGUGGAGAACCUGCUCCUGAACAGGAAAACACUGAAGCUGCCCCUGUGGAAUAGGCUUGUGUGAUUUUUUUGCCUACUUGCAUAUAUAUUAGUGCCAGAAAUAGAUUACUAUAAAUCUUGUUAUUUUUCUGGGUAUUAAAAUAAUUUGCUCUUAAUCUUGUUCUGUUAGUUUGAAAUCAAAGGUUACUUUGAUUUUUUUGAAAAUAAAAGAACGAAUUUUUCAUGUUAAGAUUCCUGGACUGACUUGUCUUUUAAGAAACAGUGAGAAAACAUCUUACAGCUAGAGGCUUAUGCUCUUACAGUAUAUCUAGGGCUUAAAGUCUCAGUAUUGAAUUGUCUUCUUUAUUCAUAAGCCAUGGGAAGGUCAUUCUUUUACUGACUUUAGAAAAAAGUGUGCAUUCACUUUAUUAUAUACCAACAUCUGGAACAGUGUGGGUUCAGAAUAGCUUUUGGAAUUCAUAUUUGAAAAGGUCAUCCUUUACUACAGGGACAGGCGGGAAUUGUAGACUGUUCAAAAACCUUGUACUAAGGUGAAACAAAAAAAAUCAGGGAAACUGGGGAAGGUGGUGAUUGUUCUUAGUCUGAUGGAAUACUGAGUGUUGUGAUCAUACACUUAGUAAUUAUGUCUGGUUUGUGUGGGUGAAUUAAGCUGGAUAAUCAUCCCUGAUGAUUUUCAGUGGCUCAAGAGAAAGUUCAUUUUAGUCUUUGUUCUAGGGGAACAGCUGUCCUUAACAUGAUAAAGAUUAACAAACGUAUACUCUUCCCAUUGCUAGCAUGUGAGGAAAAAAUAAGACUUUGGAACAUGGGUAAUUUACAGAGAAAGGUAAAGAUUAUUUUAAGAAAAUAUAAAACUAUAAUCAGUUUCAGAUUUACUUUAUCCAGAACAGUAUCAUGUGAUUGGCAUGGUAGUCACAAAAAAAUUGUACUGCCCUGUCAGGGUGCUAUUUAGAAGACUUGAUGGUAUUAGCAGGGUGCAGUGUCCUUCCUUACAAAACAAUAAGUCUAUAUAGAAAUCUUAGAUUUAAUAGUAUUAAUUAAAACAUAUGAGGGAAAUGAUGUUGUUUGGUUUUGGUUGAAAAUAACAUCUGUACAAGUACACAGUUACAGUUAUUUUUAAUUAUUUUAGAAAUUCACAGUUUUACAGACUAGCAAACAGUACUUGAAAGUCUUGAAAAUACCAGCUUCAUGCUGACCAUGAAAAGGUACACAUAAUCAAAGUGCUAUUAAUGUGUUGGAUAAAAACCUUCACCUCAUUUUUGCAACUAGAAAAAUUGCAAGAAAUUUUUCUAGCAGUUAUUCAAGGAUUUUUUUGUAAAUCAAAAUAAAGUGGGAGAACAGGAGCUACCACUCCUUAAAUUUCAUUAUUAUUAUAUUGCAUUAAAUAUAUAUAUA